AUGUCAUGGAAAUUAUUAGCUUAUCCUGAGUUUGUGCUGACCUACCUAGAGGAAUUGAAUGCAAAAGAAGAGGUGGCCCAGACAGAAAACCACAGUCACUUUGGGGCCUGGGCAACAGCUCAUCAGGAAACAGACAGUAGUUCUACAGAAGAGGUUUUACAAACUCAUGUCAGUAGCUCAGCUGAUAAGCAACUUUCAGGACCCUUUGUUGCCCAUCAAAUGCCUGAAGGCUCCCUAAUGGAGAGUUCUGCAGUGACAGUGGCAUUGCUGAGGAAACUAGAAGAAAAACACCCUAAGGCCUCUGCUCAAAGAUGGGCAAUAAAGCAUGAAGGUACAUCUAAACCAAGACAGUGGAAGCAUUCAAAAGUGGAGAACCCAUUAUGGAAUAAACUCGCCUAUAUGUGGCCUGUCCUUCCUGAUGGACAACUCAAUGAGAAAUUUGAGUGGCCUAUUGAAGGGUCUCUGAUUUCAAACAGCCCAACAAUGAAGAAACCAUAUAGCAAGAAAACUGAAUAUGUACCUGCAAAACUAAAAGUUUUAAGGAACGGCGAUUAUGAUCUUUCCAGAGCUACCAUCAUCAUUGGACCAGACAUCACAAAUAUGCUGGAUAAACAGUAA